UUGACAGUGUCAUUCACCCCCGUUCCGCCACCGCGAUCGGCCUGCCCACAGCCGCCUCUCAACAAGAAUCCACCCUAUAACGGUUGGGGCUCUGACGAAGACUCCUUAGGCAACUGCAAGGGCUUGAUCCCGAAACCACCGCCAAAGGACUUUGUAAAGUUUAUGGAGAAGGACAAAGUUGGUUUGGAGUCGCAUGUUUUGCGUUUUGCGGCUCGCAUCGUGACUGAUCUGCCACAGGACCGCGACCGCUGCUUCAUCAUAUACUGCUUCCUCACUGACGACACAUUCCUGAUUUACGAACCACCCGUGCGUAAUUCCGGUUUCAAAGGAGGUAAAUUUAUGGAACGCAGGAAGGUGAUGAAACCGGGUCAAGAGCGCUUCCGCAUUAAUCUACCAGAGUACUACACCACGGUGGACGUCUAUGUUGGUGCUGUGGUUGACUUCAAUAACUUCCUCUUCGAGGUAUGUGGGGCGGAUGAGUACGCAUACAGGUACAUGGAGCAGCACCCGGCUGAGUUCCCCUUCUCUGAUGUGCCCCGAAUCAUGUCCAAGCUGAGACCGCUCAUGCAGGGUAGAGAGGAGGAAAUUAAUAAUUUCCUAAAGGAGCUGGAUCCUGAAGGUGCGAAGAGCAUGCCAUAUGGAGAUUUUGAGAAGGUGAUCCAGAAGCUCAUCAGCGAUCCCCGUUACGAUCGUGUUUGUAUCGUGGCACAUGAGAUAGCAACGUUAGCUCGAAAUUAUGCAGAAAAAAUACCGACCAAAAAGAAUUAUAUGGCUAUCAUUGGGUUGGCACAACAACAAUUGCGUAAGGCUCCCUUCGAGAACUUCCAGGCCCUCCUUGAUGCUUGCCGCUACGAGGAUGUUAACAAGACGGGUUCCAUGAGUCAGACGGACCUGCGUCGUAUAUGCCGAGCGAACCACUUUCCCCUGCCGGAUGACAUGCUCUAUACUCUGAUGGAAGUAUCCAAGAAUUUCGACAACGGCCUUGUGUACUAUGAAAGCUUCAUCAAUCAACUCAACUGGCGUUGCAAUCCGGUGCCUCCUGGGACUGUGCCUUGUGACUACUCUGGAAAUCUGGAGGUGGACUGGUUUACUGUCGUUACGGGCCAGGGCUCUAAAAAGGUCGGAAGCUGUAAGAAGGUGCUCACUUGCCUGGGCGCAGAGCGUGUCUGCUACACCAAAUUCAUGACUGACCUCAUGAAUGCUGGUCAGUGCAAGUAA